CUCAAAAGUUGAAAAAGAAAAGCUUACUCUCUCUCCCAUGGUGGAUUAUGGGGUCCUUUUGUUAGCUGAAUCCACAGACUUCAACAUUGAUCUUCCAUUUCCAUUUCCUUCGUCUCUUUUCUCUCUACUCUGAACUUUUGUCAGUUCUUUCCUCCUUUUCCUUUGUUAUCAUCUCCAUUGAACAGUUCUUCACUCUCCAAACCUCCACCCAUAAGCUUCUUCAGAGCUAUGAUCGAUAAUGUCGCUUUUCUUUAAAGACGCGGAUCCAGUGUUUCAAGGCGCGGGGAUCAAACCUGGGCUGGAAAUCUGGUGUAUUGAGAAUCUUCAAGUAGUUUCUGUUCCAAAAGCUUCACAUGGAAAGUUUUACUCUGGAAGUGCUUACAUAGUUUUGAACACAACUGUGCCGAAAUCUGGAAUUCCCGAGCAUGACGUGCAUUACUGGGUGGGAGAAAAGGCAAACAAGGUUGAUUCAGCUUUGGCAUCAGACAAAGCACUGGAAUUAGAUGCAGCUCUAGGUUCUUGUACUGUACAAUACAGGGAAGUCGGAGGGCAAGAAACGGAGAAAUUUUUGUCAUACUUUAAACCAUGUAUUAUACCUUUAGAAGGAGUAUACUGCUCACAGCUUCAGCACCCCAAAGAUAAAACAUACCAAAUCAGACUUCUGACCUGCAAGGGCGACCGUGCGGUUCAUGUUAAGGAAGUUCCAUUUUCUCGAUCAUCAUUAAACCACAAUGAUGUGUUCAUCCUUGACACUGCAUCAAAAGUUUUUCUCUUUAGUGGAUGCUACUCUAGCAUACAAGAAAGGGCUAAAGCGUUGGAUGUUGCUCAGUACAUUAAAGAGAAUAAUCAUAGUGGAAGCUGCGACUUAGUAACUAUAGAUGAUGGAAAAUUUGUGGGUGAUUCUGAUGUUGGUGAGUUCUGGAGCUUUUUUGGUGGUUAUGCUCCCAUUCCUCGUGAUGUGCCCUCUGAUCAGACACCAUCUGAUUCUUCAAUUAAAUUAUUUUGGAUAAACACCCAAGGGAAAUUGUAUCCGAAAGGAUAUGGUGCUUUGAACAAAGAGAUGCUUGAGACAGACAAAUGCUAUAUGCUAGAUUGUGAUUCACAGUUAUUUGUUUGGAUGGGGAAACAUACCUCAGUUACGGAACGCAAGACUUCAAUAUCAGCUGUAGAAGAUUUUGUUAGAAAGCAGGACAGAUCAACUCGGACCCACUUAACUUUCCUAACUGAAGGCUUAGAAACUGCUACAUUUAAGGUCUGUUUUGAUGAUUGGCCCAACAUCGUGGAACCAAAACUAUACGAGGAAGGCCGAGGAAAAGUAGCAGCAAUUUUCAAGCAACAUGGCUAUGAUGUGAAGGAGCUUCCUGAACAAGACUUCAAACCAUGCAUAAACUUGCAAGGCAGGAUUAAAGUUUGGCGGGUAGAUGGUGAUAGUAUCACCCUUCUUACAGAGGUAGAACAGAAAAAACUCUUCACUGGGGAUUGCUAUAUAGUACAAUAUACAUAUCCUGGAAGUGGCAGGGAUGAGAAUAUAAUUUAUUCCUGGCUUGGUCGCAGGAGCGUCAUGGAGGACAGAAGAGAAGCCAUAUCCCAUUUGAACACCAUUGUCAAUUUGACCAAAGGGGAUUCAGUUGUGGCUCAAGUAAUUCAGAAUAAGGAGCCAGAUCUAUUUUUCUAUAUUUUCCAGAUAUUAAUUAUUUUUAAGGGAGGCAAGAGUACACAAUACAAAAGGCAUCUAGAAGAUGAAAAUAUUAAUGAUGAUACGUAUGAUGAAAGCAAGAAUGCACUUUUCCGAAUUCAAGGGACGGGGCUGGAUAAUAUGCAGGCAAUCCAAGUUGAUCUAGUGUCAGGUUCCCUAAAUUCAUCCUACUGUUAUAUUCUCCAAACUGGAAAAUGCAUUUUCACUUGGAUUGGCAGUCUCUCUUCAACCAGAGACCAUGAAAUUCUAGACAGGAUGGUGGAAAUGAUAAAUCCAACAUGGCAACCUGUAUCAAUCAGGGAAGGGAGUGAGCCUGAUUUAUUCUGGGAAGUACUUGACGGAAAGUCAGAGUAUCAAAAGGGAAAGGAGGCCAAAGGGCCCAUUGAAGAUCCACAUUUAUUUGUCUUGAACAUCAGUGAAGGUGAUUUCAAGGUGAAGGAGGUUUACAAUUUUACCCAAGAUGAUCUAACUACUGAAGAUGUUUUGGUUCUUAAUUGCCACAAUGAGAUUUAUGUUUGGCUGGGAUGCCACGCAAAUGUUGGGGGGAAGGAACAAGCACUCGAUCUUGCCCAUAAAUUCUUAGAGAAAGAUGUUUUGGAUGAAGAAAUUUCUCUUGAGACUCCCAUAUAUGUUGUCACUGAGGGUCACGAGCCACCACUUUUCACCCAGUUCUUUGAGUGGGAUUUCUCAAAAGCAAAUAUGCAUGGUAAUUCCUUUGAGAGAAAGCUCGCUGUUUUGAAAGGAAAAGUACAUAAUCUCGACUCACCUGUAAGAAAAUCAUGGAAAGCACUCUCAAGGGAAACUACUCCAGAUGGAUCAAGACGCACCUCAUUAAGUCCCUUUCAGCACGAAAGAAAUCUGUCUCCUGCAUUCACAGGCUCAGGGCCACGUUUAAAGUCUCCGAACAGAGAUGUUUUUUCCACUCCAACGCAAGCUGUUAGAAAGCUCGAUUUGACAUCUUCUCCUCAAAAUGCUGGUUCCCCGACCACAACAUCAUUAUCACAUUCACCUAUUUCUAGUAAAAGUAGCGAUAUCUUACUGAAUAAUGGAGAAGUGGCUGCUGAAAACCUACCAAUAUACCCAUAUGAACGUCUGACCGUGGUAUCUAAAGAUCCAAUUGGAGGCAUAGAUGUGACCAAACGAGAGGCAUAUUUAAGCAUAGAAGAGUUUGAAGAGAAAUUUGGGAUGGAAAAAACAACAUUUUACAAGCUUCCAAAGUGGAAACAAAACAAGCUCAAGAUGACCCUUCAUCUUUUCUGAUAGAAACUUGACGUGAUAACUCUCUCAUCAUAUAUCCUUUUACCCUUCAUCAUGGGUAGAUUUUCAUCUUACUUCUAAUCUACGUAUUUCCUUCUCAUUUAUAUUGCUUUAAACCUUUUCCACUCAUGAUGCUGCUGAUUUUAGUACUUCACCUAAUUUUCACGCUUGAAUUGAUUUGUACUCUACUUGAGAAAACAAAAAAAAUGUAAAAGAAAAGAAAAGAAAAGAAAUGAUGUUGGAUAAUUAUUUCGUUUUUUUCCCCUUUUGUAUUACUUAUCACACAUUUGAAACUAAGAAUUAGAUGUUUGUAAAAAUCAUAUCUACGAAAUCCAUCCGUUUGAUUUUUUGGUGCUUGGUUGAAUUAA